UGUUUGAUGUUACAAUUUGAUUGGCCAUUGUAACUGCAUUAAGCUUUCUCUGGAAUGUAAUUGCAUUGAACAGGGCUCGGGCGCGGUUGAAUUUGUUUAUUUCAUUGUGUGUGCUGGUUUCAAAUACACGGAAAAUACAAACGAAAAAGUGAAUCAACAUCAGAAAAAGGUGGCUUUUUGUUGAGACGUUUCGAGAGGCGGUGGUUAAAAACAAGUUAAAAUGGAAUUAAGUAAUUCAGGAGUUGAAUUAACGGCAUUCGCACAGUUGCCAACGGACUUCAAGUUUGAAGCCAAGGAAAAUUCUGAACAAAAUAUCGAAGUUACUGAUUCCGACCAGGACAUUUUGAAACCGGGAUCGAAAAUCAAGCCGCAAAUCAGCGAAGAAGAAGCAGUUCGUUUGGCCGAACGUCUGUAUGGCAUUUCAACACGUGACAUCUCCGAACUAGUAUCAUAUGAUGAUAAAAAUUUUCUCAUUCAUGUGGACACAAAUAUUAAAAAUCCGAUUAUACCGAAUGCUUGGCCGCACGGCUAUGUUUUGAAAAUUGUCAAUUCGCUCGAUACGAAAAAAGCGAAAUUCUUCGACGGACAAACGCAAUUGGUUCUAUUUUUGCGCCAGCAAGGAAUCAAUUGUCCAAAACCAGUUAUGAAUAUUUUCGGCAAGUAUAAUUCAAUUGAGAAAAUUGGCGAAUCGUUGCAUUUGGUGCGUUUGCUAGAGUUCAUCCCAGGCCGAAUAUUCAACGAUGUACUGAAAACGAAGCAUUUAUUCUAUCAAGUCGGUGAAUUUGUGGCGAAAAUUGAUUCGGCAUUGAAACGCUUCCAACACGAUGCGUACGACAAUCACAAAACAGUCUGGAUGCUGGAAUCGGUAACACAAUUGACAAAAUUACUGUACGCAAUCAACGAUCCGAAAAAGCAAGAGCUGGUCCAAGAGGUGCUGGCCGAUUUUAAAGAAAAUGUUUUAUCGCGUAUCGGCGAUUUCGCAAAGGGUGUCAUCCAUGGCGAUUGUAACGAGCAUAAUUUGAUUGUUACAAAAGAUUCACCGGAAUUGGAGGAGUUUCGUGUGACGGGCGUCAUUGAUUUCGGCGACACUUCACAAUCAUUGUACAUAUUUGAAUUGGCAAUUACUAUCGCUUACAUGAUAUUACAGUCAUGUGAACUCGAAACGGCUGGAUAUGUCAUUGCUGGCUAUCAGCAACUACGUCUCAUCCCACAGAAUGAACGUAACGUGCUUACGAUUUGUGUUGCAGCACGUUUGUGUCAAAGUCUUGUGAUGGGUGCCUACACUCAUUCACUCGAUCCAGAAAAUGACUACCUGUUGUCAUCUCAAGAAAAUGGAUGGAAAAUGUUGACAUUACUACGGGAAACACCAAAAGAUGAGCUUGAAGAACUUUGGUUCACCACCGCCGACGAAUACUUGAAACAAAGCGAAAAACGCUGAACGAAUAGGGGACAUAGACAGUCCAUUUGGUUGAUUAGUAUUAUUAUCUGCAUGUAAAAAAAAAAUGAAAGAGGUCUGUGUAAACAAAUUUGCAUGACCGUUGCUCUUAUAGUUUAUUAUCGCUGUUCAUGGCCAAAGUGUAGCUCCUCUUUUUAUGACAGUCGAUGGUUAUUGUUAUUUCGUUGAAUUUGAAUAGCGGACAAAAGUAUAUCUAACAUUUUCAUCGGUCAAUAAAUUGAUUAAACAGAAAG